GCAUACAAGUUGCUAUGCAAAGUUGAUUACAAAUGGCGGCCCCCUUGUAACUUUUCAUUUUUAAAAUUUAUUUGAUUUAUUUAUUUCCUGAAGAGCCGCCUACGCUUUAUUAUUUCACAAACAACAUAAUGCCUGAACAUGAAGAUGAUGGAAAAUUUAAACCUCGAAAUAAGAAGAAAAUUGAAGAAAGGGAUUUAAGAAAGAUGGCACCUCAGCUUAGGAGCAAAUACCUUGCGUAUGAAGAACCACCAAAAGAUGUAGCUGAGCAACAAGCCAAUGCUGCCAAACGCCUCAAAGAGAAGAAAAAGAAAUAUCAAUUGGAUAAUGCUCCACCCUCAGAUGAAGAAAUGCAAGAGAAAGAUAAACAUGAAAAACUUAUUGGACAACUAAAGGCAGCUGAGGCCAGAAAUAGAUUAAGAAUUAUGAGACUAAGAUACCAGUCUAGUAGGGCUCAAGAAAUCAGUCACUUGAUAGCAUGUCAACCGACGGCCCUAAAAGCAGUAAGAUUGCAGGCACUCGUUCCUUCGUACCCAGACACUAAAGACAAGGGAGAUGCUUUAGAUAAGCUUGAUCGAGAAAGAGUUGAAAACCUGUUGGAGGAUGCACAGGGUCUAUUAGUGAACAGAAUUAAUUGACUGUGUCUGAAACUUCCUCUGCCAUCACCAUUUUCAUCAUUGAUAUUUGUGGACUGGUUCACAGAUUUAUGUUUUUUCAUGGUCACCAUUUUUUUGUUUGUUUGUCGUGGUUGUGUAAAUAUUAAAUUGAAUAUCAGAUCAAACAAACAUGUUAACACAAUUCUUUAAGGGACUUGUUGGAAUGUUAAAAACAGCACAACCCAUCCAGAGAGACACCCCUUGGAAAAUCAAGUUGUUCGUAUACAGAAGCCUCUACACUGGAAAGGUAAAUUUACAGAGAAACUUGUAAAGUAGGAAAGUAACAACUGAAUGGAGAUAAAAGCUCUUCACAGGUGGCAUUUUCAAAAGUUAUGCUGUAUGUGGGAUGUACUAAAGAUUGGCUAAUUUUGAAUUGACUUUAUCAAGUGAUUUCAUAUAUAUUAAUAUAAUUGCGUUUUAGGACAUGAUGUAAGUUGAUAUUCAUGAAGUUUUUGAAUUCCUGAGUGGCAUUCACAGAUAUUAGUGAGAAUAAUACCAUUGAUCGUGAAUACAGGCUGUACUGUCUGCAGUUUACUUCAUAAAUACAGGACUAUUGAUCUUCUGCGUUAGAGCUGGCACAUCUGCUCUAGAAUACUCUCUUUGAUGGUUCUUUGUUUAUCACAAUUUUUUUUAUUUUCAAAAUGUUUUUUUUUUUUUUUGCAAGACAUAUUAGGAAUAAAUUUAGCAAUGACAAAAUUUUUUAGUGUAUGAAAUAAUUACAACUUUUAUUCUUGGGUUUAUUUUCAUUUUUAAACAGGACAUAGAUUGAGAUUUGACAAGAAGGAAUUAAAAAAGAAAAUUUAAGUAAAUUUUAUAUACUGUGAAGUCAUUCAAUUUAAUGGAUAUUAAAUUUUGUGGUUUUGCCCAGAACGACUAUUUUGUUGGGAUAUGAGUUUAUGGAUCUUUACUUAUCAAAAUAAAAGAACUUUGGUCGUUCUUUUGGAUUUAAUUUCUUAGAUUGGUGCACCUACGAAUCCACAAAAAUUAGUCCCUUAUGAAUAUGGAUUUUACAGUACUAUUAACACUACCCUUGGAGGAAUGAGUGGGGGAUGGGGAGCCAGAAGUGGUUAUUACUUGCAGGUUGGUAUAUAGUGAAAGGUUGGAGUCACAAAUGUGGCCUCUGUUCACAGAUAAUCUCUAGUUUGGCUUGAUUGUAGAUAAAUGGUACCCAUAUGUACUGUCUCUUAUGUAAAUAUAGAUAUAGUUCUGUGAUACUUUUUUAUUUAAUUUAAAAAAAUAAAUCAUUGUUUUAUUAAAUUCAUUGUUUUGAAAACAUUUUUUUUUUCAUUUUAUAUGAAGUUUUCAGAAAAACUAAUUACAGUGAAACACUGUUCAUUCGAGCAUCAAUGGCUCAAGUACUAGGCUUAAGUCGAGCAGUUCAUGUGAUGCAGUAACCCGGUUCCUGUUAUCUUCUAUUGUUGGAUUACUCGAAACCCUGGAGAACUUGAGCAUUUUGUCAACUGAGUGAUCUGUAUUUUAUGCUAUAUUAUUAUGUUUCUUUAUGUAUAUGUUGGGCAUGUGCAACAGGCAGGCCCCUGUGCAGUGUUUUCUAAGUUGUUUGAUUCUUCAGGUUCUAAACAGUGUACUACUUACGUUGUAUACUUACUGUUUGAUUCUCUUCCAUGUGACACCUUUAACCUGCUAAAUUUCUCAAAUGGACUGUUCCAUCAUUCAAUUUGGACAGUACCAUUUAUCAUUUGAAGGGUGUUCAAUGCAAAUUUACUGACUGAAUAGCGAACAGUGCAGACCAUGAUCAGACUGCACAAAUGUGUAGGCUGAUCUUGGUCUGCACUGGUCGCAAAGGCAGAAUCACUUGCCACCAACAGGCUAAAGGUUAAAAAAAGCAAGAACAAAAUAGUGGCUUAUUCAAAGUACAGUUUUAGUACUGCCUGAUAGACAUGCUAUUGACAGCAUGUUUAGGGUAGUUUUGUAAAGUUUGAAAACAUACACACAUUUCAUGUCUAAUGACAUCAUUUAUUUGGAUAACUAAUCAGCACAUUACCCCAGAUUCUUUUAGGUGAAUUUUUUUAAGUAUGUACCUAGUAUAUAUAAAUGAAAAAUCAACUUUAAAUGAAGUUUGCAUUGCAGAAAAAAAAUUGAUCUGAACAUGCAGAGCUACCUUGAAGUAGUUGACUGGUUAUAAUGACCCCUCAGCAAUUCCUGUGCUAAUGCUUAUUCUUGUCUGUUAUUUCAGCAUUCUUUGGAUGUAAAUUUAGCUCAUUUGAGCAAUGAUCCAUGUAACAACCGUAGAGUACUGAAAUAUGUGUGACAUACAGUGAAAACGUAAUAGAACAGAAAUCACUGAUUGUCAGUUCAGGUCCGCUACCUUGAAGCUUGCUUUAUGACAGUAGAAAACAAUGGACAAUAAUAUUUUCUAUACUGAAGUGAUCAAACAUUCUUGUGGUUUGUUGUACUUUGUAUCAUCAUUUUGUUGUUAGCCGAGCACAUGUGAUAUAUGUUUUGUGGUUCACCACUGCCAUUUUGUUUCAACUGUGACCCUUUUUAAAGCAUGUAUUUUAUACACAUACCUUUAAUUCUUGUAUAUAUAUAUAUUUGUAUUUUGGUAAUGUUACACUUAAAACCUGCUGGUUAUCCGUCUUGUGAAAAUGAUUCAUUUUUUUGUGAUUUGUCCUUAAAUUGACAGAAUAAUAUGUGAAUAAAGUCAGCUUUCUGUUAUAGCUGUCCUCGAUACUUUCCAAGAGAGGAUUGUUUUGUAUGAAUACUGCAUUUAUAUUUUUUUCACGAGUAAGGAAAUAGAUAUUGAUAGAGGAUUUUUCUUUGUUUCAGUGAAAAAUUGAAAAAUCUUUCACCGAGUAAACACCAGAUGUAAUUUAUCGAGUGAAAAACGUAAGGUCUUGAUGUUAAUUAGUGUCAGAUAUUUUGAUCCAGCAUGUAGAAAAUACAUACGUUCUUUUUACUUCAUGGUUUAACAAAAUUUUAUCCAUUAUGAAAUUUCAUUCCAGUAAACGACAUUUCACAGUGAAAUUAUCAGGUAUAUUUUACUGCUACAUUUCAGUAAUUCACUGAAAAAAAAUAUUGGUGUAACGGAUAUAAUGUUUUAGUAUCUGGAGACUAGUUUAGAUUUUGUAAAAUCCAUUACUUCUUGAAUUUUGUUUUAAUAAAUAUGUUGUAACUUGAA